CCGCGUUAUCCUCUUCCAAAUCCAAACCCAAACCCCUCGAGCUCCCCUGCUAGUCUAGGGUUUUUCGCCGUUGCCACCCCACCAGCACCGCGAGCCGGGCGGCGCGCGCAGGCUCUAAUGGCGCUUGCGGGCCCCUCCCACCUCCUGUCCUCCUCCUCAGCCUGCCUCCGCCGCCUCAACCAGCUGUUCUUCUUCGCCCACCGCCGCCCGGCGUGGACCCCGCGCCGCGCCGCCCGCAGGUUCUGCGCAGCAGUUGCCUCUGAGAGGGAUGUGUUCACCUCCCCUGAAGUCGCCAAGUCGUUCGACUUCACCAGCGAGGAGCGGAUUUAUAAGUGGUGGGAAUCUCAAGGAUUCUUUAAGCCUAACUUUGACCGUGGAGGUGAUCCAUUUGUCAUUCCUAUGCCACCUGCAAAUGUGACUGGAUCAUUACAUAUGGGUCAUGCUAUGUUUGUUACCCUUGAGGAUAUAAUGAUAAGGUAUUUCCGUAUGAAAGGGAGGCCUGCACUUUGGAUUCCUGGUACCGACCAUGCUGGGAUUGCAACUCAGUUAGUUGUGGAAAAGAUGUUAGCUGCUGAAGGCAUCAAAAGAGCAGAUCUUACCCGGGAGGAGUUCACUAAAAGAGUUUGGGAGUGGAAAGAGAAGUAUGGGAGUACAAUCACUAACCAGAUUAAGCGGUUGGGUGCAUCUUGUGAUUGGACUCGUGAAUGCUUCACGCUAGAUGAUCAACUAAGUCUGUUUUUUCCCUUCUGUUUUGCAGAUGCAGUUGUUGAAGCAUUCAUUAGGCUUAAUGAAAAAGGGCUUAUAUAUCAAGGAUCUUAUUUGGUCAACUGGUCUCCUAAUCUGCAGACUGCAGUAUCUGACUUAGAAGUUGAAUACUUUGAAGAACCUGGCUAUUUGUACUAUAUGAAGUAUCGUGUUGCUGGUGGAUCGAGGGAUGAUUUUAUGACUAUUGCGACAACACGACCUGAGACUCUAUUUGGUGAUGUUGCGGUUGCUGUUAACCCAGAGGAUCAGCGCUAUGCAAAAUAUGUUGGAAAAUUGGCUAUUGUACCCUUAACAUUUGGGCGACAUGUUCCUAUCAUUGCUGAUCGGUAUGUUGAUCCAGAAUUCGGAACAGGGGUGCUGAAGAUUAGCCCUGGACAUGAUCAGAAUGAUUAUCAUAUUGCUCGAAAGCUUGGGCUGCCAAUUCUUAAUGUUAUGAACAAAGACGGCACAUUAAAUGAUGUUGCUGGAUUAUAUAGUGGUAUGGAUCGUUUUGAGGCACGAGAGAAGCUGUGGUCUGACCUUGUUGAGACUAACUUGGCAGUGAAGAAGGAACCCUAUACACUUAGAGUUCCCAGAUCUCAACGUGGUGGUGAAGUCAUAGAGCCCUUGAUUAGUAAGCAGUGGUUUGUCACAAUGGAGCCAUUGGCUGAAAGGGCCCUCCAUGCUGUUGAAAAAGGGCAACUCACUAUUCUUCCGGAGAGAUUUGAGAAGAUAUAUAAUAAUUGGUUAACAAAUAUAAAAGAUUGGUGUAUAAGUAGACAAUUGUGGUGGGGCCAUCGGAUACCAGUCUGGUACAUCGUUGGAAAGAAAUGUGAAGAAGACUAUAUUGUUGCCAGAAAUGCAGAGGAGGCACUUGCGAAAGCUCAGGAAAAAUAUGGAAAAUCAGUUGAAAUAUAUCAGGAUCCUGAUGUUCUCGAUACUUGGUUCUCAAGUGCUUUAUGGCCUUUCAGCACACUUGGUUGGCCAGAUGUGUCCAGGGAGGAUUUUAAGCAUUUUUAUCCUGCAACAGUCCUUGAAACCGGCCAUGACAUUUUAUUUUUCUGGGUUGCACGGAUGGUUAUGAUGGGAAUUGAGUUUACAGGAUCCGUACCAUUUUCUUAUGUCUAUCUACAUGGUCUUAUCCGGGAUUCUGAGGGGAGGAAAAUGUCAAAGUCACUGGGGAAUGUCAUUGACCCCCUAGAUACCAUGAACGAGUACGGGACAGAUGCAUUGAGAUUUACACUUUGCAUGGGCACGGCCGGCCAGGACAUUAAUCUUUCUACAGAAAGGUUGACAUCAAAUAAGGCUUUCACCAACAAACUCUGGAAUGCAGGCAAAUUCUUGUUGCAGAAUUUGCCUGAAAGAAGUGAUGUUACUGCAUGGGAUCUCUUAUUAGCAAACAAGUUUGACACAGAAGCAGCGCUUCAGCAACUACCAUUGCCAGAAGGCUGGGUGGUUACAGGACUACACGAACUUAUCGAUAAAGUCAGCAUAAGCUAUGAAAAGUUUUACUUUGGAGAUGCAGCUAGGGAAAUCUACGAUUUCUUUUGGAGCCAUUUUGCUGAUUGGUAUAUUGAAUCUAGUAAGACUCGUCUCUACCACUCUGGUGAUGGUUCAGCUACUAUUACAGCACAAAGUGUUCUUGUGUAUGUGUUUGAAAACAUACUGAAGCUACUGCAUCCAUUCAUGCCCUUCGUCACUGAAGAAUUAUGGCAGGCACUGCCGUACAGAAAGGAUGCACUUAUAGUUGCUCCUUGGCCUAGCACCGACCUCCCAAAGAACUUGUUAUCCAUCAAAAGAUUUCAAAAUUUGCAAUCGUUGAUAAGAGGAAUCAGAAAUGUCCGAGCAGAGUAUUCUGUUGAGCCAGCUAAACGGAUAUCAGCUUCUGUUGUUGCCACUGCAGAUGUCCUGGAGUACAUAUCGAAAGAGAAGCAGGUGCUUGCUUUGCUGUCAAAGCUUGACGCACAGAACAUAAAUUUGACUGAAUCACUACCGGGUGAUGCAAAUCAGUGUGUCCACAUUGUUGCUGAUGAGGGUUUGGAGGCAUACCUACCUUUGGCCGACAUGGUUGAUGUGUCAGCGGAAGUUGAGCGGCUCUCUAAGCGGCUCUCUAAGUUACAGACAGAAUAUGAUACUCUGUUGGCCCGCCUCAGUUCCCCGAGCUUUGUAGAGAAGGCCCCGGAAAACAUUGUUCAUGGAGUUCGUGAGAAGGCAUCCGAGGCAGAGGAGAAGAUCUCCCUCACCAAGAACCGGCUUGCUUUUCUGCAGUCAACGGUUUCCACAUAAACAUAGUAGCCAACGUUUAUCGGAAUGCCAAUUUUGAUUGUCAGUAAAGCAAAUCUUGAGAGACAAAUGGUUACCUCAGAGUAGCACAGCAGAUCAGUACAUAAUAUUUUUUCGAAACGGAGGCAUAAGAUUUGCCUCAUCCAUUUAAUAAGAGGAGAAUAGAGUUUAGAAUUUUA